GGACCGGCGGGGGCGUCGCUGGACGACAGCGCAGUGCAUCUUGGGAGGCGGAGUCGUCGCGGCCAGUGAGAGGCAGGCGGUGGGCAGCGGCCCGACGGCGGCGGCGGCGUGGGCUGCAAGGACGCUGGAGACCUGGCCGGGGAGGCGGGGGUGCGGGCCCUGCUAGGUUAGGCCUUAGCCCGCUUCUCCGAUCUCAGCCGGCCUUGGCGUGGCGUGCCUCCCCGCAGAGCAGGGCGAGUGGGUGCCGCGGUCCCCGGGAUGCUGAGCGCCCACCCUCUCCCCGCAGCCCACCAUGCCCAGUUGCCAGCUGCCCAUGGGCACCUGCCCGGACAUGUGCCCAGCCGCCGAGCGCGCCCGGCGCGAAAGGGAGCGCCGCCUGCACCGCUUUGAGGUGGCGCCGGGGUGCUGCGGGGACCGGCCCCGCGCCGACCCGCAGCGCACAGUGAAGGAGUACUGCCGGCCGGCCGCCGGCAAGCCCCGGCCACCGCCGAGCGAGCUGCGUCCGCCCUCGGUGCUGCUGGCCACCGUGCGCUACCUGGCCAGCGAGGUGGCUGACAGUGCCGACGCAUCCCGCGCCGAGGUGGCCAGCUUCGUGGCUGACCGCUUGCGCGCAGUGCGACUGGACCUGGCCCUGCAGGACGCGGAAGACGCCGAGGCAGCGGUGGUGCUGGAGGCGGCGCUGGCCACGCUGCUGGGCGUGGUGGCGCGGCUUGGGCCCGACGCGGCCCACGAGCCCUCGGACCUGGUGCUACUGCAGACUCAGGUGCAGGAGGGCUUCGGCUCGCUGCGGCGCUGUUACGCGCGGGGCACGGCGCCACACCCCCGCCAGGCCACCUUCCAGGGCCUUUUUCUGCUCUAUAACCUGGGCUCACCGGAGGCCCUGCACGAGGUUCUGCAGCUGCCUGCUACCCUGCGCGCCUGCCCUCCCUUGCGCACUGCCCUGGCAGUCGUCGCUGCCUUCCGUGAGGGCAACGCUGCCCGGCUUUUCCGCUUGCUCAGGACCCUGCCCUACCUGCCGAGCUGCGCUGUGCAGUGCCACGUGGGCCAUGCCCGCCGGGGAGCCCUGGCCCGCCUCCAUCGUGCCCUAAGUACCUCCAAGGGGCAGACCUUGCCUCUGAGCUUCAUGGUCUACCUGCUGGCUCUGGAUGGACCCAACGAAGCACGGGACCUGUGCCAGGCCCAUGGACUACCCUUGGACGGAGAGGAGAAAGUUGUGUUCCUGAGAGGUCACUAUGCUGAGGAAGGGCCGCCCCCUGCCAGUAGCUGCUACGUGUUAGUGGGGAGCAAACUUCGAGGGCGCACCCUGGAGGAGGUAGUCAUGGCAGAGGAGGAAGAUGAGGGUGUGGACAGGCCUAGGUCACCAGCCUGAGGAGGGAGUGUCAGAGCACUUAGGUUUCUUUCUCCAUGACUGCCAGACAAUAAAAUAAACUUAUUUUGUAGGGA